AUGGAAAUGAUUGCUCUCGACGACCAGCCAUUUUCCAUAGUGGAGGACAGAGGAUUUCGGCGGUUGAUGGAGCAUAUCGAACCCCGCUACAGCCUUCCAAGUCGGUGCUACUUCUCCGACGUUUCCCUCCCUGCUUUGCACGAAGUCGUGGCCACGCAUAUCCACAAAUUGUUGGACAAUGUGACUGACAUUAGUUUCACUACGGAUAUAUGGAGUUCGGACGUAAGUCAGAUGAGUAUGUUGAGCCUUACUGCUCAGUGGAUUGAUGAAAACUUUGAAAUGAAGAGAGCUGUUUUGCAUGCACAAGAGUUUGCAGGAUCGCAUACUGGGGCUGCCAUCGCUAGCGCAUUUGACUCCAUGUUUGCUCAGUGGAAAAUUAAAAAAGACAAUGUGCAUGUUGUGCUUCGCGACAAUGCUCGGAAUAUGCAGAAGGCAAUGGACGAGUGCGAUGUUAAAAGCCUGGGCUGCAUGGCUCAUACGCUGCAGCUAGCAGUGCAUAACGGAGUGUUAAGCCAGAGGAGCAUCUCUGACUGUGUGGCUAUUGGAAGGAAAAUAGUCGGACAUUUUCGCCACUCUCAACUCGCCACCUCUCGACUGAGAGUCAUACAGCAAGAGUUAGGCAUGAAACCCAAGAUGCUACAACAAGAUGUCACAACCAGGUGGAAUAGUACUUUUUAUAUGAUGAAAAGUUUACUGGAUCAGAAGCGCGCACUUGGUGUGUAUGGAGCAGAUCAUGAGCUGCCUGCUUGUUUCAGCGCAUAUCAGUGGGGCCUCGUUGAAAACAUGACCACGCUUCUCACUCCAUUUGAACAAUUAACGAGGGAGAUCAGCUCACACUUGGCUACUGCUGCGGACGUGAUUCCCUCUGUUGUGGCGCUGAAACGUUUGCUGAGCAAGACGGCUGACACAGACAGUGGUGUCUGCACAGCAAAGAGCACUCUACUGGAAGCUGUGAACGAGCGAUUUGGAAGCGCUUUCUCCGAGCCGCUUUACUACUUGGCAACGAUCCUUGACCCUAGGUACAAAGACCGUUAUUUUGACACGGUCACCAAGCAAGCGGCUGUAAAUAUGCUCCAGAAGCAAGUGGACAAAAUGACGCACAGCGACAGAACUACGGAGACACCGGACACAGAAGAACCUCAAGAGAAGAAGAUAAGAACAAGUGACGAGGGUGGAAAGUCGCUGCUUGACAUGUAUGAUGAAAUUCUGGAGGAAAACUUGAUCAUGGAACAGCACGCAGGCCUGACGAGCCGCACAAGUGUGCAGGUGCAUGGCUAUUUGAGUGAGCCCCCCAUCCCCAGAAAUGAGAGCCCACUGAAGUAUUGGAAGAGCAACUUGUCUCGCUUUCCUGCCCUGGCCAAAGCAGCAUUCAAGUACCUUUCAGCUCCAUGUACAAGUGUGGACAGCGAACGUCUCUUCUCUGCUGCAUCACACAUUGUUGAUGAAAAAAGAAACAGGAUCCAGUGUGAGAAAGCAGAAAUGCUUCUCUUUGUCAAAAAAAACCUGCCUUUGCUGAUGAAGGAGGCCUAGACUUUAACCUACAGUGUCAUGUGGAAACCCUGUUUCAGUGUUUGGGACAUUCAUUUGAGUACAUUGUGGCUGCUUUAAGUUGGUAAAUGUACACAGACUACCAUGUCUUUUGAGUUAGUUAUGUCACAGUUCUAAUAUUUUGAUUUAGCAUUUUUAAAGAUGGGACUUGAAAUUGACUUGCACUGAUUUGCACCUGUAUAGUGUUUUUUAUGUUUGCUUGGUGGAAACAUUGUUUCAGUGUUGGGACAUUUACUUGAAAAUUACAGUGCAAGUUGGAACUGACAGUCAGGACAUGUUUUUGAUAUUUUUGAUUUAGCCUUUUCACAGAUUUGAGUUGAAAUUUAGUGGAGCUUAAAACUUGUUUUGCAAUUUAAUAAAUGCCUGGUUGCCAUGAAUACUGGUAAGUUUGUUAAGGUAACUUUGUCAGGAUUUUAUUUUGAUUUAUGAUCAUUUUUGUAAUUUAUGAUCCAGACAUUCUCACAGGAGUUUUGUGAGUUGAGGGGUUUAAUUACACACUUGCUACAAGUUGUGAGGGUUGCUAAAAAGUAACACUGUUGGUUACUUGUGUUUUAUGGUAGCCCUGUAACCUUCUUAUUUAGAAGUGAAACACCUUUUGAAAAUAAAGGAAGACAUUCAAGAAUUCUGUUUGCAUGAUUUUAA